AUGACACCACCAGACUCGCCAUUUUCACCAGAUCGUCCCCUAAUGAAAGGAGAAUCGGACAACCAUCCACAACUCAGUCGCUCAAAGCUCGGCAAAGAACGUUAUGGUGGUAGUAGCGUUUCCUAUUCGAUUGCUGAACACCCCACUGCAUUUAGGUUUCUCAUAGGUACAGUCCUAACAAUAGCUCUUUUAAUCUGUGCGAUCGUGUACUAUUCCGUUUACAGCCCUUCAGAAAAUGGAGUAGGUGUUUGCUUAUUUCUACUAUUAUUUUCCAUCAUAAUAGCAAUCGGUUCAAUCAUACCGAUUAUGUGUAAGCCUGCCACAAGUGACAUCCUAAAGACUCCUGAUGAUGUCCUCUUUUUCUUGAAGCUAAUUGCAACAGGCCAUUCGUGGGACGAAGUGGCUCGAAUUAUGAAUUCGUAUCUCUUUGAGAGAGGAAUUUGGUGGACAAACAGCUACUUUUACGAUAGUGAAGAGUGCUACAACCUUUUUGUAAUCUAUUCCAAAGGAUGUGCUGACCCUGCUAUAGAGCCGUUUAUCGAGCAAGCUAAAAGCAAGCUGGCUGAAAGCAUGGCCCAACGGUGGGAGGGAAUUGGGCUUUCGGGAGUAUAG